AUGUUCCUGAUAGUGGAAAUAGUUAAUGAUAAAGGCGAAAAGGACUGGAAGGUAGCACCCAAGCGAUGGGUGUGCACGUCGAAGAACACCCAGCGACCAGUUCUGUUUUGGCCUGAUGAAUUCAGCGCCGAGAGACAAAAUCAGCUCGCAAUAGAAGGAACAUGUAAGCCACUGCAAAGCUGGAUGCGGAGAGAAUGCGUUGUAAAGCAGGAGUUUCCAACUUACGAGGAAGCACAGAACGAACUCCAUGCACCGUUAAAACAUAAAGAACUAAUCACAGAGGAAGAACCGGAAAAACUCUUGAAUGUAGAGGAUGCUUCCGUUGAAUCACCUGGAUCACCAUAUGCCUCGGGGUCGGGUGAGGAUGCUUCAACGCUAGCAUGUAUCAAAUCAAUGCUGCAAUCGUUGAUAACAAAAAGUGCUCAGAUUGAGAAACAAAAUGAUGACGUACUGCAGCAAAAUGACCUUAUCGAGGGUGUAAUUUCUCUCAUGCAUAAAAAAGUGGAAUCUAUUGAACAAAAUGUAGUGCUAAUGGCACCAUACAAGUUCGACCCUAUGCAAACCGUUGAGCAGCUAAGAGAGCUCAAUGAAAAGUUAAACGAUAUAUCUUUUAAUGCGGAAUUGGUUCAAUGGUUACUUUCUAAUGUAGGUGACGGUAAUAUGCUAUGGAGAAUUAGAAGCUGCCUGGAUCUGCUUUGUUCUCUAGAGCUGCAAACAAAAAUAACGUUUACUCAUCAAAGCAGAAGCUCCCCGAGAAAAGAACCCUUGGUAGAGCAUUCUAAUUUUAUACAUUUGUUCAAAGUAGUAGGGAAAACUUCGUCAGAAAAAGUAAGUGAUAGACAUCUUGUUGAUUUUUUUAAAAGUCAUCUGAAAAAUUCAAAACAACGGUUCCUAAUUAGUUUAAAUCGAAAACGUGUCCAUUCUAAGAAAAGAUUAAAAGUAAAAAAACCACCGAGAAAUAAUGUGGCCAUCCAGCAUGCAGUUUCUUCCUUUGCUGUAAGUGGAAGCUCACAGGAAUUGAAUGAAAAAAACAUUCAUUUGGAAGAAGCAGAUAUAAUAGUUUAUGACCCAAUAGAAUAGAGUGAAAUCCUGCGAAUGAUAUUUGAAGAGUAUUUAAAAAAUAAAAUCAUGUGAAGAAUGUUAAAUCACUUA